AAAAAAAAUCAUAAAAAUCAUUUUUAAUACUUUCGUUCUUCCAUUCCAUCUUCUCCACGACCCUCGCGCCCUUCUAAAACUCUGCCUUAACCCUUCCCUCAAUCGCUAUUUUCUAUCUCGAGAAGGUGUUGUUUGAGAGAAGAUGCAUCCUCCUUUAACAUUGCACAAACACCCUAUGUGCGCUGAAAUUAUUGAGGAGUUUCAAAAGUGUCACGUGGAACACCCUAUUGCAAAAUUCUUUGGCGAAUGUACAGAUUUGAAAAUAAAAUUGGAUCGUUGCUUCAGAGCAGAAAAAGCGGUGAAGAGAAAGGCCAACUUUGAGAAGAGCAAAGAGUUAAAGGAACAGUUGCGAGUUUUCAGGAAAGAAAAUGCUGCAAACAGCAGUCAAUAGAAAGGAUUUCCUGCUUCUUUGAAAACCAAAACUGUUGUGCAAAAUUCGAUUCUUAGUUUUGUACAAUGGCCUGAUAUGAUAUUUUGCCAUUUUCAAAACAUUGAAUUAUUCUAUUAUAUUGUUAGAAUUAUUGCCAUUCCUUUGUUAGAAGAAGGAUUUCCUCCAUAUUAGAGAGGUCGUGUAGCUUCUAAACAAAUGUAUGAAAAAAGGAUAAAAAAUAAAUGAAAAACAUUAAUCUUUAAAGCUAGUGACAUAUAUUUUGUAUAAUUUAACUUUUAUAUACUCAACAUUAAUAACAGAGCUCUCUAUUUGUUUACAGAAUAUAUAGGAAUCCUCUAUUUGCCUCACCAUUACUUAAU